AUGUCUGGCGAAAAGGUUCAGAAGGUCACUUUGACCAGCAAUGAGGGAUCGAGCAUUCAAGUCGAUCGUGUCGUGGCCGAGAGGUCCAUGUUAAUCAAGAACCUAAUCGAAGACUUGGGCGACGAGGCCGUCGCGGACAGCCCAGUCCCGAUCCCUAACGUCAACGACCCGGUGUUGCGCAAGGUUUUCGAGUGGUGCGAGCACCACCGCAACGACGCUGCCCAGUCGGCUGACGAUGAUAACGACAACAACAAUCGCAAGAAGACUACCGACAUCGACGAGUGGGAUCAAAAGUUUAUGCAAGUCGAUCAGGAGAUGUUGUUCGAGAUAAUUCUUGCUGCGAAUUAUCUCGAUAUUAAGGCACUGCUCGAUGUUGGCUGCAAGACUGUGGCCAAUAUGAUCAAGGGAAAAUCUCCGGAGGAGAUCCGGAAGACCUUCAACAUCACGAACGACUUCACUCCGGAAGAGGAGGAGCAGAUUCGUCGUGAGAACGAAUGGGCGGAGGACCGCUAA